UGAAGCUGAGAAGGAGCCUAGAGGGAAAAUCAACAAGGUGGAGUCUGUCUGCACUUGUGAAAAUCAAUCACCUACAGCAAUACUCAGACCUGGCAUUUAUAACGCAGUUUUCAUCUAUAGAUCUCAACACACUUUACAAAGGACACAUAUACAGAAUACACGAUCGUCUCUGAUAUGGCCUGCAUAACUCAAUUGUGCCUUGGCCAUUUAUGAAUAACAGGACACAUCCCAAACUCAUGUAAAUAAAACUACACAACCCCAUGAUGUAAUUCUGUGAUGUGACUGAACUUGGGUGUAUGUAUCCAGCACCAUACCUCAUUUGCGACUUGAAUGCAGCAGUUGUACUAGGGUAAGCAAGCUAAGGACAAGACGACAAAAUUUUCAAAAAAAAUAAUCAUGCAAGGAAAGAAGAAAGAGAAAAUGAAAAAAGCCAGUUCACUUCCUGAUAUUUCCAUUCUUGAAAAGUUUAUGAAAACCUAUGAAAGGCAUUGUGCCUUUUCCCAAAGCUCUGUCAGUAGCAUGAUCAAACGGAGCUUAAGACAAUGCAUAGAAAAUGAAACUAUUCUUACGAAGUUUGUGCUCACAAACUCUCAGAAUUCCCAGCCAGUCUUACUCACACCUCUAUUAAGGACAAUUAGAGAUGAACGAUAUAUGUUGGGAAAGGAACUCUGUUUCUGGGGAAUUCAGCUAAACAAUCAAGACAUUGCAAACCUUGCAAUGCUUUUAGAACGGAAUGGAUGUACCAACUAUCCCUUUUGUACUCUAGAAAUAACUCAUGUGCCGAUAGAUGCAUGGUCCAUGGAGCGACUUGGAGCAGCUUUCCCUUACAGCAACUUGAACUCCAUUGUUCUAGAUUAUACCAAGUUUGGAGAUAAAGGAAUCAACGGCCUUGUUUCUGGGUUAGAGGGAAACAGAAAACUUCUAACUCUCAGCUUAUGCUACUGCAGUUUGGAACCUGAAAGUGGGUCCAAGUUAGGCCCCAUUGUAGCCCAAACUGCCAUUUGCAAUCUUUAUCUAAAUGGUAACAACUUGCAAUGUUUGGGUGCCCUUGAACUCAUCACACCAAUAGCUAUGUAUGCAGACAAUCUUGGAAGAGAUAAGGAAACAAAUGCCUUACUAUUCAACAAUUAUUCUGAUCAUCAAAUACCAGAAGCAGACAAAGGUCUGGGUAUCCACUCAACAGCUUCUGGCUUGAACAUUGCUUCCAAAACAGGAAGCUCUAACACAGUGGAAAGUAGUAUGAGGAAGGAAAAGAAAAGAAAAGGAACUAAAAAAAAAAAAGAAAAGAAAACUGAAGUUGGCCCAUGGUUAGUUAAAUUGCAUUUGGCUGAUAAUGGCAUAGAUGGAAGAGGAAAGGGAGGAGAAAAGAUGGUCUUGGAGUUCACUCAGUUUUUAACUUACCUAAUCAAACACUCUGAACACUUGAUAGAACUUGAUCUAGAUGGCAACGCUAUAGGAGAACUUUGUGCAACUGACAUCCUGGAAGCUCUUACGGAGAGGAAAAAAGACAAGAUGCCAGGCUUAAAUAUUAAGGUUACACCACAGAUUUCCUCAAAUACUUUCAAGUCAAUUUUCAAGAACAGCAAGAAGCUUAAAUCAACUAAAAAGAGAAUGAAAAAGGUAUGUACUUACUGCUUUUCCAGCCUUUACAUUAACAGAAAAGCUUCACCAUGAUUCUUGUUCUUAAUGAAAAAAAAAAUCACGUAAAUAGAUUCUGAUCUGAAGGUUUUACUUCACUUAAGGCUUGUCUACACUUAAAAGGCUGCAGUGGCCUCCUGUCAGCAUGGGUAGCAUCUUCACUGAAGCGCUACAGUGGUGCAGCUGUAUCAGUACAGUUGAGCCGCUGCAUCCUUUUAAGUGAAGAAAAGCCCUAACUUCUGCCCACAGCCCCAUGUUCUAUUCAUAAUUCCGCAAGAUCUGGAUGUUUCUGCUAAAAUGAUCAGCAGAGAAAUAAUUAGGUGCUGAUAUUUAAAUUGUUAUUAUUAGGAUUCAGAAUCAACACCUCAUUCAGAAACAAGUGCAGUUCACAUCCUCAGAGCAAUUGCUCUCCUUCAUGAUUUUGCCUCAGAAUCCCAUUGUAGUAGUUGUUUGCCUAGCAACAUGACUCCUACAUGGGCACUGUGCAGGGCACUGUGCAGGCACAGUUGGAGCAUUGUUAGUAAGUAAUCCUUUAUCAGAAUGCCUGUCUGCUGUUCCCUCCCACGCAGUGGAGAUGGUUCCCUCCUACCCACCACCACAUGCACUGCACAAAUCUUCCUAUCCUGGGUCUUAAUUGACCCAGAGAGCUGUGUAAAUUGUGGGCUAGAUAUUCAGCCCUAAACUAAGAGAGGGAAAAUGUUACAGUAGUCCAGCUGCCAUCAAAUCAUAGAAGACGCUUGGUAUGCUGUUCUCUUGUUUGAAUUCCUCUUUGUAAUGGUACUUGCCUUGAGAAACUGGACUACAUAGUGGGAGCACUAUGGAAAAGGAACAAUGCUGGAAGAACAGAGGAGUAA